UUGAACGAAUGGUGGAAUUGUUUGAUUCGCGGAUUUUGGUUGAUUUUGGUUGCGUUUAGAACAUAAGUUGUUUUUACGGGUGGAAGUGAACCGAAUUGGUUUAAAUCGAAUUAUUUUAAUGAUAAUUAAAGAGUAUCGACAUUUAUUGAAAUAGUCGGAACAACAUUCAUUAAUUUCGAAAAUAAUACUACGGUUUUACGAGAGGUACUAAUUAAGAAAAAUUAAUAGUUCAUUGUGCGAAGUAAAAUCGAUAAAUUUUAAAUUGACUAUAUUAAAAAACAAAACUCAGUGCCUGGAUGUAUUGCAGUUUAUUGUUUGCAAUAACAACAUAAUUUUAACAAAGUAUUUGCACAGCUUAAACAGAAGUACAUAUAUAUUUUUUUGCAAUGACGCAAACCACACCAGCUGGCUCCGGUGGGCCCAAUGUUAGCAACUUGAUGACAAGUAGUACACCGAUACGCAUAGGUAGCGGCGCGAGUAGUUAUCAUGGUAACAGUUCAGCUUCUGUUGCUACUCAGCAUGCAAUGACCGGAAAUGAUUCAUCAUCACCGGGUGGUGGAGGCAGUGCUGGCGCCGGGAGUUCAGCUGCGCCUCAAUCGAGCAGUGUACCGUCUGGUGCAGCUGAUACACUACGUCAACAGCUGCAAAGCCAAAUCUCAUUGUCGAUGGGGUCUUCCAAUCAGUCGUUGGGAGUUAGUGCGGGUGCUGCGGGAGGUACCAGCAUAACGCCGCCCAAUAGUGCAGGAUUGCGGCAAACUGGAGCUUUUGAUUUCAAGUUUAUGCGGCGUACAUCUUCAAAAGUUCUAUUGCCAAAACUUCCGUCCACAGAUAGCUUGAGCAACAGCCCGGGUCCAUCAUCGCCAGGACUUGCCAACUGGGCAACAGAUAGCCGUGACAAAUACGAUGGCAAUCAAACAGAAAAGAGUACGGGUGAUCCUUCAAAACUCAAUCGCAAGGAGUCCUACAAAGCGCAACGUAAAAAUUAUCGACGCGAAAAGAAACGUGUUGCUUCAGAAUUGUUGAAUUCGCUGCAGGAUCCCACAGUAGUGGUGUUGGCAGAUUGGCUCAAGGUACGCGGCACGCUGAAGUCAUGGACAAAGCUAUGGUGUGUACUAAAGCCAGGUAUGAUGUUGCUCUACAAAAGUCCUAAGCUGAAGAGCAGUCAUUGGGUGGGUACAAUUGUGCUGACGUCAUGCCAAGUCAUCGAGCGGCCGAGUAAGAAAGACGGAUUCUGCUUUAAGCUUUUCCAUCCACUGGAUCAAUCGAUAUGGGCACCACGCGGACCGGACAAGGAGACAAUAGGCGCAGUCGUUCAACCCUUACCAACCGCUUACCUGAUAUUUCGCGCACCCAGUCAGGCGGCUGGUAAAUGUUGGAUGGAUGCACUGGAGCUCUCCUUGCGCUGCUCAGCUUUGCUGUUGCGUUCAAAUAGCAGCAUGGGCGCUGUGCAGGGCACCAGUGCCAACGACAGUGCGCAAAUAUCACACGAAACGCAGUGGUCGGAGGCCGAUUAUGAGAAGCAUUUCAACGAACAUGACCCAAGUAUUGAGCGCUUCUCACCAAGUGGCAGCAUGCAAAAACGCUACUCCCAAUAUCUAAUGGUACCUGAGUUAAACAAGUCACACGGCAGUUCCGACGCAAGUUUGGCAUCUCGCGCACAGACGCCAAUUUUUCAGCAACUCUAUACGACAAUGACUAAUUGGGAACGCAUUGUUACCAACUCGGCGGAGAAAAAUUUACGCAAACUUCGCAAAGCAGGACAUUUGGGCAAGCGUCAAUCGUUCGAUGAGAUGAGUUCGAUGGGUGAUCUGAGUGAUGUUUCUAGUAUUGAUUUUCCAUCAAUGUUGGAAACUCAUCAAUCGUUGAAAUUGAAGAUACGUCGCCAUAAUCAAUUCCAGAAAUCUACUUCAUUGGGUCCGAUGUCGCAUGAGACAUCAUCAUCCGGUGAUUCCGUGGAAGAACCUAUAGAAGGGAUAGAGAGAUCAGGCGCAAUGCGGGCACUGAGCGCGCCACCUUUUGUGCUCAACGUUAAGGAUCUUGAUGGCGACAGUCAAAAUGAAGGUGGCCCAGCUGCUAUGUCUGGUGUGGAUACUGAGUCGGAAUCAGAGGGGGAGGCUGUGGUCGAAGAAGAGCCUGAAACACCAUAUGUGCCACUCACUGAAGAAGAAUUCGGCUCUGUCGGUGAGCAGGUCGAAGAGCUUGCAGAGGAGAAUAAAAGUUUAAUUUGGAUUCUAGUGAAACAAGUUCGUCCAGGCAUGGAUUUAAGUAAGGUGGUUUUGCCGACAUUCAUACUCGAGCCACGUUCAUUUCUAGAUAAACUAGCGGAUUCUUAUUAUCAUGCAGACAUCUUGUCCAGAGCCGUUAUCGAAGAUGAUCCAUUUACGCGCAUGAAAACCGUUGUUCAAUGGUACCUAUCUGGUUUCUACAAAAAACCCAAAGGUCUAAAGAAGCCAUACAAUCCCAUACUGGGUGAAACGUUCCGUUGCUAUUGGGAGCAUCCGAAUGGAAGCCGUACAUUUUAUAUUGCCGAACAAGUAUCGCAUCAUCCGCCAGUUUCGACAUUCUAUGUGACAAAUCGUCAGGAUGGUUUCUGCAUCAGUUGCUCCAUCUUGGCUAAAUCGAAGUUCUAUGGCAACAGCACAUCCGCUGUACUAGAGGGCGUUGCCACACUCACAUUAUUACCUCGUGGUGAAACGUACACAUUGAAUACACCAUAUGCCCAUUGCAAGGGCAUACUUGUGGGCACUCUGUCCAUGGAGUUGGGCGGCAAAAUUAGCAUUGAGUGCGAGAACACCGGUUACAAGACGGAACUGGAAUUUAAGCUGAAACCAUUCCUGGGCGGUUCGGAUUAUACCAAUUUAAUAUCGGGCAAAAUUAAGUUGGGUAAGGAGACAAUGGCCACCAUCAGUGGUCACUGGGAUACAGAGAUGACAAUCAAAGAAGCGAAAACUGGUGAAGAGAGUUUGCUAUUUAAAGCUGAUUCCGAAACAAAACAUAAACGUCUGGUGCGCUAUGUUGUGCCACUAGAAGCUCAGUUACCUAACGAGUCAGAACGAUUGUGGGAAAAAGUUUCUUUAGCAAUACGUAAUGAUGAUCAAGUUGGUGCAACAGAACAGAAAACCGUAUUGGAAGAAGCCCAACGCAGUUCAGCAAAGGAACGAAAAGCUAUGCUAACUGAUUGGCAACCAUUACAUUUUCAUUAUGAUCCGCUAACUACGCAGUGGGUUUACAAGUACGCCGAUUUGCGUCCAUGGGACCAACGCAACGAUUUGAGGCAAUACGAAGCUAAUUACAAAGUACUCACGAAGACACGCCAUCGGGCGCCAAUGGUUAAACACCAAAGUCGCUCGAUUUUGGCGCUCGCCCCCGAUGAUGACAAAACCGAUUCCAGUUUAUCGAAUCCAGAUUUGAGCAAAGUGCCAAACGAAAAAUCUAGCAAAUCAUUAAAAAAAUUGGCAUUAGCAAUCGAAAAGAUGAAUCACACUCUAGAGGAGCACACACAACACUUGCGUGCAAUUCAAUCAACUUUGCAAAGAAUGCAAUACAAUCCCAGACAAGUGGGCCGGACAUCUUGUGGAGGUUUCGCUGAUAUUGUGCCGCGCACCGUUCCCCAAACGGUGGUAAUAAAGUCAAUGGUUUACGCGUUCGUUGGCUUAGCUGUGUGCUUUCUUAUGAAAUGGAUGUUUAAGUAAAUCGUUAACGGUACACGGCUGGAUUAAUUAGGUACUUCGCUUGCAGACAAUUUUUAUUUUGAAGUCGGUGGAUGGGUGGAGGGUCAAACACUUGUGUAAGCUGGCACGCUUUGCCAUCUAGAUACCUAACCGUAAAUAUUGCUUAAAAUUACGGUUUCAUAGCACCCGUUUUCGCUAACUUUAAAACCAGUUUUAAGGUAAUAUUUUACUAUGUGGUAUUACCAUUACCUCAACUUGAACUAUGAUAAGCUUUUUUAAAAUGUUUUCCUUUGUAUUUAUGUUUUAAGGUUGUAAACUAUUCAAGAAAUUUAUCACAGCCUACAUAUUAUUUUUACAAUUAAUUGUAUCAAUAAUCAAAGUGUAAAAAUAUAUGUUGAGCUAUUAAGAUGUCUUAAAAUUAAGUCGAAAAGAUUUUUAUUUGAACUUUAUAAUGACAAAAGCGUUUCAGCGCCCAUAAAAUUAACCCUUUAGGCGUUUAUGUCGAGUAUACUCGUCAUGAAAUGAUGACAUUUUUUUGUUAAAUGUAGAGUAUAGGCGUCAUUAAAAGAAAGAAAUCCGCUUUGUUAUUUUUUUUUUAUAUUUAAGUAAACAAAACUUUAAAACUAUUUAUAAUUUUAACACAUUUUAGAAUUACAUUAGAUGCGUAAUCGAAUAAACUUAAUUAAAUCAAUCAAUUAAAUUCAUUUUAACACUUUAAAGACGUUUUUGUCAUCGUCUAAAAAUAAUUUUCAAAAAAAACAAGACGCUUAAAGGGUUAAGAAUAUCACAGCAGAACCAUGCCUUACUGGGGCACGAAUAAUAUUUACACACUAAAAAAUUCUGCAAAUAUGUAGAAAAAAAGAAAAACAGUUACUUCAAUAAAUACUUUAAUAUGGAUUUAUUUAAAAAAAAUUGCUAAGAUCACAAAUUGCUUGCAAAAAAAAAAGACAGCUUUAUUUCAAACAUUUAUGGGGAAUAUUUUAUACUUUUACAAAAGAAAAAAGAAAACAACAACAACGGCUUUGUAUAAUAUUUGGCCAAGAAAUAUUAUUUCUGUGGCAUUCUUAAAAAUUUGUUGGCGGUAUUUUAAGCUGUCGUAGCAAUAACAACAAUUUAAAUAACGGGUCAUUCAAAGAGCGCACCUAGAUGUUUUUUUUUAAAUAAAGCAUGUAAAAAUUUGGGUUCUUUCAGGUCUCACUAUUUUUAUUCAAAAUACGGCUCUUAUCAAUUCUUCUUCUUCUUCUUGGCAUCACAGUUCUUAGAGAACCAUUGCUUCAUUCCCAACUUUGCGCCAUAUGUCUCUAUCUUAGGUUACCUUCUUCUAUCGCCGCAGGUUUAGCUUUUCAAGGUCAAGUUCCACGUCUUCGAGCCAUCGCUUUCUGGGACGCCCUUUUAUUCGGCCUCCAACAGGGCGCAAUUCAACUGCCUUUCGAGUGGUUCGCUCCUUCGGCAUUCUAACACGUGUCCGAGCCAUCUUGUCCUCAGAGAUUUUAUAAAUCUUAUCAGAGUUGCGUUUUUGCUAAAAGUUUCGGAUCAUGAUUAUUUCUAACUCGAUAGGUUCCGUUUUGCAGUCUUAAGGAUCCAUAUAUUUUUCGUAAUAUUUUUCUUUCAACUAACUAGCUGAUUAAUGUCAGUAGUUUUUAGCGUCCAUAAUUCGCAACCAUAGGUAAGCACGGGCGGAUCAGGAUUUUGUAUAUCCUUAACAAUUAAAUGUGAAAAAUGACAUCAUUUAACCCUCGAUCACUAAACAUUCGUACUAGACUAGACGUACACUACGCACGCCUGCAGUCUUGCGAAUUCGACAUAUUCCCGUCGCACCACCUCACUAACAGAGCACUCAGAAGUAGUUAAAUAGAAAUAAUUUAAUAUUUCGCUUAAUUUACGCUCGUUUGUUUGAAAUAAAAAAAAAAGAAAAUAAUUAUAAAAAUAUAUUUGUUUUUAAUUUGCAGUCUGUGAGACGAAUGAUUAGUGACAGAGUAACACUGAUUUAAGUGUAGUGAUCUAGGGUUAUAUGUCCGUCAUGAGCACUUCAACAGGCUGUUAUAUGAUAAUUAUAUUAAAAUUUUCAAGGACUCGCAAGGACUCAAGGACUCACACAUUAUCGCAUUGAGUUCAUCAUUUCGAUCCGCAUGUUGUGUUUCAGCUCUGGAAUCGUUUCUUAUUCACAUAGAUUUUACUUUUCAAUAAAUUCCCCUAGUGAAGUUUGAUCGCAUGAUCUAGGUGGUCAUGAUCGCAAUGAUCUCGAUCGAGAAAUUUAGAUCGCAAUUAUGCAAUGUUUUCUCGUGUUCUAUGACUUGUAGCUCACACCUUUUGAAAAUAAAGAUAGUCUAUGUCUAUUCCUUUAAACUUAGGCGUCAAAAAAUGUUCAAACUGUUGUCUACAGCGAUUUCCAUUGACAAUAACAGCUCUUUCAUUUACAUCUUCGAAGAAAAACUGGCCAAUUAUUCCACCACACAAUAGGAAUUUUUCGAGCAAUUACGGGCUCCAAUUUUCAACCGAUUUUAAUAGUUUUCUUUAAUGCUCGUAAAUGAUUUUGUAAGAGAUUGUCUAGGCUCGAAUUUCAAUUUUUUUUAAUAAAUCGAAACACACCUUUGAAUAGACGCAUUUUUAUGAAAAAUUCAGAAACGUUUUAAAAACAAACAAUGCAUUCAAAUUCGGUUUGGAAUUUUUUUAUUGCAGUUCUAAUAAACGGUAAUACGCCAGAACAAGUUUCCAACGUCUCUUAAAUGGUGAAAUUAUAAAACUGAGAAGCUAAUUUUUUUCAUGGAGAAGCCUAAAAUAUUCACCUGAACCGCCGUUUUUGUGGCUGCUGAACCAGCCCAAGAGCCACACUAAAUAGUACAUUUUAGUGGAUGUAUUGAUUUUUCUGAAUUUUCAAUCAGUUGUCU